AUUUGAGGAGUUUGAGCAAGAGCAGCAUCAAAGAAAAAGGAUCGGAAGUGUGGUGAUUGCUGAACUUUCGGUUUUCGCGCAGAACCGCCAUGGAUUUUUCAGGUCUCACUGAGGCUUUAGCAUCGCAAUCUUACGGAAACGUCGCUGAUAUCUGCGACAAUCUCAUGCUUCGGGUUGCUUCUCAGGGCGAAGCAUAUGAAGAUGAAUGGCCGUACGCGAUUCAUCUCCUAGGGCAUAUUUAUGUCAAUGACAUUAACAGUGCAAGGUUUCUGUGGAAAUCUAUUCCUGUGACGGUCAAGGAGAGCCGCCCUGAAGUGGUGGCAGCUUGGAAGAUUGGUCAGAAUCUCUGGACCAAGGAUUAUGCCGGAGUUCACCAAGCUAUUCGCGAGUAUAACUGGAGCCCUGAGGUUCAGGGAAUUGUUACCUCAUUCUCAGAACUAUACACGAAGAGAAUGUUUGACCUCCUGGUUUCUGCAUAUUCAACUAUAAGCAUACAAGAUGCAGCGCUUUUCCUUGGAAUGAAUGAGGGUGAUGCUGCGAAAUAUGUGGUGGAACGUGGUUGGAUUGUGGAUACCACUUCUCAAAUGUUGACAGUGAAGAAGCAGGAGCUUGCAGUCGAGCAAAAGCUAGAUCCAAGCAACUUGCAACGCUUGACAGAAUAUGUGUUCCACCUUGAGCACUGAUUUCCCCAAGUCUAAAGUACAAUCUUUCUUGUUAGUUCCAAUAUGAUGUGGGAAAAGGUGGAGGCUUUGUAAGUUCCAUUUGCGGAAAUUGAGAGUUGUUGAUAACUUCUUAUUGCUGAACUUCCCGGGAGGAUAUUGUUAAUGGCAAACUAGCUUAUUCCAUACGUGGAUAGCAUUAACGUAGGCAAAAUGUAGGUACAGCUUUGACUGGGGAGCAUCAUUUUGAACUUAAUGUCUCGAUUUUCUUGAUCAUGUUCUCUCGUGCCUUUCUUUUUCCUUUUUUCCUGGUAACUUAUUGUUUGAUCACGUAAAAGGUCCGCGUUAAGAAAGAAAGGCAGAAUUCUUGCCCUUUUUAUGUUUGUUUCUUUUCCUCCUUCCUUACCGGAAAAGAAGAAGCUUAUCAUAGAGUCGAAGGUGAGAGGCAGCUCAUACGAAGCUUCAAGAUAGGUGGGUUUUUGAUUGACCCACAGGGAACGUA